AUGACCAGCAGCAGCAGAUACAGUUCCCAAGGCAUGAUAUGCCAUUACAGGGGUGGGCCACAGCGAGGUAAGGUCCCCACCAUCUCACCUGAAACCUCCUUCCAACCAAGUGCUCAGGAACAUGACCAGGUCUUCAAUGGAUGGUGGCCUAGCAAUCUGCCUUUUGGCAGUCUCGUAAGACUCUUUAACAGCAUCACAGCUCACUGAGGCAGGUCAGAAGGCAAGGGGUGCUACCAUAAUGUUGCAGUGAUUCAGCAGGUUCACAGCCCAGAGGGACAGACUCCAUGGCAUGCAUAGUCCAUACUCUGAGGUGUGACAGAUUUUGCAUUUGUAGUCUUUUUAUGGUCAUAAAUCAUCUUUUUUUUCCUCCCUUCUUUUAUAUCUCUUAAGCUUUCCCUCUGCUGUAGUUCUGUUUUUUAACUUAUGGACUUGUUUAGUACACAUGUUGAUUGAAGGAUGCUUUAUACAAUUCUAGAGUGCUAUAAAUAGGUCCAAUCUGCCGUGCUGUUUCCUAAAAAUACGUGUUUACCAUGGGAAACAAUGCCACUGGCUGAUCUAUUCAUGAAGAGAAAUGCAGCUGCAUUCAGAGAGGGUGAAAGGGACUACACAUCCCAGCAUUCCACUCAGGCAACCUGAGCCAGUACAAAGUUCAUUGUCACGUUGACAGUGGAAGGAUUCAGAAGUGACGGGUGUGUGCAUUUGAGAGGACUAUUUUACAUUUCUAACGUCAAAACUAAAGUGUCUCUGGGAAGCUGGCAGUGCAGUGAAGCGCAGUGGUGUGUGUAACAACCCUCUGCUGAGAAAUCCCCCGCAGAUUGCUGCAUUUAGACAAUUAUCCCAAUAUGUGAUUCUUGAGGAACAAGGGGAUGGUAUGCAUGAGCUGGCUGGGACUCAUCAAGCACUUUAGAAAAGAAAGAAGACAGAAGGCAAUUUUAUGAUCAAACCAGAAAGCGAAACAAACUAGUCAAGACCACAACAUCAACGCAAGAAAAUGGAGGAGAACACAGACCAGGAUCCACAUGGGGAGUGUGGUACAGAAGAUCCUGGGAAAGAAGAGAAAACCAGUGCAUCUGCCUUGGCAAGCAAAGCUCUGGAUUCCAAUGAAAGUAAGCUUUCAUCUACAGAUUCUACAGAUGCAAUGAAAGAGACUCCUUCAGAAAGUGUCAAGGAAAUCAACAGGAGAGAAGACUCAGGUGAAGGCUAUCGAGCACAAGAGCAGGUAACAAGAGAAGUGGAGACAACUUCUCAGGGCCAAGGUCAUCUUGUGUACCUGGAAACCUCCCCAGGACAGGUAAUAUUAGAUCCCUCAGAUUCAAGGAAUAUCUGUGGAAGCCCCUUCAAAAGAAUUGAAGAGGAUUCCUCAGAGGGAAAACCACUGAGUUCUGAUGGUGCAGGGGAAGAUGUAAGUCUAUCUGAAGCACCGAAGAACAUCACAGGGCAGCCCCUGAGAAAAGAGGAAAACAUCGGACUCGCUCUGGAAGGAAAGUCACUGGAUCCUAUCGCUCAGGAAACCCAGGACAUAGAAGGAUCCAAAUCUGAUUCGAGGAAGAGGCACAGGAACGAAGCUGUGAAGUCAGAUGCUGGAGGCCAACAAGAUACAGUCAAUCCCACUGUGGAGUCAAUAAGUAAACAGAUUGUACCAGAAGCACUACUGAAGAAGGAAAAGUCCUAUUCAUGCAGUGGAUUUCAUUCCCGUGCAGUUUUACUGGGAGUCAUACUAUUGGUUUUCUUCUGCAUAUUUUCCAGUGGUUACUAUACUUCCCAGUCCUCACAUAUGCAAGAAAAUCUGGUGUUGAAGGCCUUCUCUUCAGCUUUGGAUCAGCUGAAAGUCAGCUUUCCAGGGCAGAACCCUGCCCUGUGGCUUAGAGGACGCAAGUUCCUGCAGAGACACAUCAAUUCUUCCCAUCACACAGAGCCAGCCAUUUUAAUCUUUACCGCUGCCCGUGAAGGAGAGCAAACCUUGGAGUGCCUGAGCAACCAAAUUGCCGAUGCCUACUCCAACUCACUUGGUGCUAGCACAAUUCAUAUUUAUGGGGCUAGUAAAUCCAGGCUUGAUAGCGACAAAGCAAAACUACAAGUGGAUAAUGAACUGAGCUCUGGGUUCAGGGAAGGUGGGAAGGCAGCCGUGGUGCAUCAGUUUGAGUCGCUGCCAGCUGGCUCCACUUUGAUCUUUUACAAGUACUGUGACCAUGAAAGUGCGGCCUUCAAAGAUGUAGCACUACUGCUAACUGUUCUGCUGGAGGAGGAGAAGCUAGAGGUCAACAUUAACCCACGGAAGACUGAGGAAAAAGUACGUGACUUCCUCUGGGCCAAAUUCACCAACACCAAUACUCCCAGCUCCUACAAUCACAUGGACACAGAUAAGCUGAGUGGGUUGUGGAGCCGCAUAUCCCACCUGGUCUUGCCCAUCCAUCCAGUCAAAGCCAUAGAGAACAACGGCUGCUCUUCCCUAGCCAAACCAUAGAGGUGAAUGAUACCAGGCUCUGCACCACUCACAAUUCCUAAUCUCAGAAAAGUUGUGACAACUACCAUAUCUAUUCACAUAUCAUGCACCCCAAAUAAGACACCUCUUGAUUAGGAAGGCAGAAUGAACCAGACUGUUUAAAAUCAGUUUCCUCUUUUAAAGACAUGCACCCCAAUUUUCAGUUGCUAAUUUCUGGAGAAAAGGUGAAUCGCUUCUUGGCCUUUUAUAGGCUAAGAUCAUAUGAACAAAUAAGGUCACUUUUUAUUGUGCUUGUCCAGAUUUGGGGAGAAAACAGAGGCCGUUUUGCCUUUCAGCACACACCCCUUUUUCAAGACAUAGCUCAGGAAUGUUAGACAGUUUUCUUCCAAAGUGGUUAUAUAUUUUACAUGCCAUCUAAUUCUGAAGAUAAACCCAUGGGGAUUUUUUUUCUCUCCCAUGUGGAAAUGAAAAUCUAUUGUUAAUGCAGAUUGUUAGCCAUUGAUUCAAAGCUUUUUUAGCAUACUAUAGCUGUAGCACUGCAUUAUAUAAAAGAAUAAUGAUAUUGCUUAUAAAAAUUCUCCUUGCUAUAAUUCGGCAAACCAAAGGGUCAGAUCAAGAUGUGUUUUAAUGUGGACGAUGGAACUUGGCUGCCAUUUUUGUUUUUAAGUAAUAUUGCUGUUAAACAAGGAAAUACUUUAGUCUUGUUCUAUGCAUGGUUUGCUAUUAGCUCCGGCAUAAUAAUUGGCAAAAGAUCAGUCCAUCAUAUAAUUUCAGUGGCUUAGGAAAAUAAUUAACAUUUAUCUGUUCUGUUUCUAAUGCAAAGACAAAUUAAGCGAUAAAAAAGAAUUACACAGGCACAUAAGGCACCAUGGAUAUAUGGCCCACCUUAACCAACAGAGUUGUUCCAGUAUAGAGAUUUUUAUGCUUUUUUAUAAAGGAAAAAAUUCUGUUGCUUCUUAAAUAUUGGUUUAGGGGAAAAAAAUUAAACAAAUGAGGUUUUGAAAGACACCAAAAAAGCUUUAAGAGUUGAGCUGGAUCCUUUUUAUACUAUGGUAUAUUUCUGGUGCGUUUUAAUGCAUAUACAAAAAUGGAAUUAUUAAUACUGGAUGGAUCUAUGCUUAGUUUAGGACUACAGACAUGCAAAUUUUUUUUUUAUGGAACCCAGGAAAAAUGCUGGUUUUGCAUCACCUUCAAAACACUAUUUUCUAUUUUUCCAACAAAACAAAAAGUUGGAAAAAAGUUUUGGCUCCAAUAAGAUGUUUUUAUACGACCCAAGGUUAAAUGCGUUGUUUCUGUGAUUUAUUUAAUAUUUAAUUGAAGAAAACUUUGUAAUGAAAUAUUUAAAAAUGAAAGACCUACAUGGCUGUUUUUUCAAUCACUGUUGAGAUUAAAUGUUU